GAGAGAGAUAAAUAUUGAAAAAAAACAAUAUAACAAGAAGAAGAAGAAGAAGAAGAAGAAGAAGAAGAAGAAAUAGAAGGAUUAAAGGAUCAAGAAAGAUGCUGCGUUUGGACCACCACUGAGCAGAUCAGUUCUUCGUCAGUACAGGUGUCAGAAAUGCGUUGGUUUCGUGGCCACGCGGAGGCACCGAGACUUUUGAGCCUGAGUCCUCUCCAAGCCGACGAAGACCUUGAAGGAGCAUCCUACCACUUUCAUGUUACGUCUCAGUACAGAGACAUGUCGCCAGUUAGAUGGACACGUAGAAAAUCAUCGAGUUCAGAUUCGGAGAGGAAUUGUUACAACGUUCAAACGUCUCGCGUGACGACCGAGCGUACUCCAAAUAAAAAAGAAAAGAAAAAGAUACAAGAGGAAAGACGAAGGAUUUGCGAGAAGAGACAUCCAUUGUUGGACCGAGUGAAAAAUACCCGAUUGACGUUUUUCAAGGACAGAGAUACAGACGACGAAGACGAGGAAAACGAAGAUAACGAGGAUAUUGAGGAGGAUGAAGUUGUCGUCUCUGAUAGAAUGCAAUUUAGAUCUAUGUACGAGUUAAGUCAACGCGGUUUAACGAGGAACGAGUUUCGAAGAUCCGUUUGCGAAAAUGAUUUAAAGGAUAUCAGCGAAGAGGAAAGGAUUCGUGCUAAGAGGAAACGUAGAUCUAAAUCGCAAAAUAGGUUGUUAACGCAAAGAAAAUCUCAACAUCAAGAGGAUCGUUAUUCCUUUUUGCAAACCUCGACACCGGAAAGUUUGAAAGAUUCGGUGUUGCCUAGGGAAACUUACAACGAAACUCCUGGAUCAAGAUUGUCUCGAUGGAGGAAGAAUAAAGAAAAAGAUUUAACCGAAGAGGAUAGAAAUCAAAUAGAUCCUAACCAAACGGCAAGAGAAGGUUUCGAUAGCAUCACCCCGUCAAGUUGUCUUGCAGCAAAGUUUCGUGCAAUGCAGGACAGAUAUUUGAAAAGUUCAACGAGCAAACUCAUUGCUAAGAUUUACAAAAAGGAUAAUAAAGAGUGUAAGGAUGGUAAGGAUAAGAGAAGAUUACGUAGCUUUUCUUAUGGUACUUUGCCAGGUCUCGAAGAAUUAAGAACGAAUCCUUUGUACGAGGAUCAAGAUCAGGACGACAAUGAUUCUGGAAUAUUGGAUAACGACUCAGCUACUAGUUCACUACUCGAUGAUAGAUGUAGCAGUGGAGCUUCUGGUUUGAUGACAAGUCAAUCUAGUACCAAUGAUUCACCCCCAAGAUUACCACCGAGAAAACCUUCGAGUUCGAUCAUGGACGCUGAUAGAACAGCUCGGUUCUUCUCUGGUUUAGAUAUACACUGUGUUAGAAGUGAUCCUAAAACUUGUUCUAAAGAUAUCUUAAAUUUUGACGAUUCAUCCGAAUUGAUAGAAGAAUCUAAAUCAGAAAAUCCUAAAUCAUCCGAGUUACCUGUUAUCCGAAGCAAAACUUAUACAACUGAAACAAUGGUAGUGAAAUUGUUUAGGGAUACACCCGAUCAAUGUUUAGGCAUUUUCAUAGCUAAGACUGCUGAGACUAGUCCCGGAUAUUUAGUAGCACACGUUGUACCAAAUGGAUUGGCUGAUAGAGAAGGAACUUUGAAGAUCGGUGAUGAAAUUUUAAUAGUCAAUGGUAGAAGACUUCGUGGAUUGAGUAUGGCAGAAGCUAGGAAAAUUUUAGGUAAUGGAAGUGGUCCAGGUGAAGUUGAUAUUAUCGUAUCCAGAUAUUCUGGGGUUGAUCAUCCUAAAAGACUUAAAGAAAGUAGCGUGGAUUAUGAAAACGUUAGCAUAGAGAAUGGUCAUGGUGUUAUAGUCGAAGAUUCGCCUAAAUCACAUUUUAAAAAACAUCAGAGUAAACAUCACAGGGAUCGUAAAAAUGAAUCUGCAAGAUCAAUCCUCAUCUCGGAUAAAUCGAAUUUGUCUGCGGAUAACAAUGGAUCCGGGAAUCAAUUGCAAACGCAAAGUGUAUCGAAUUUUUGUACAUUACCUCGAAGACCAAGGAGCACUGUUUCUACGUUCUUGACAGUUUUGUUCGAAAAAGGCCCGGGAAAGAAAUCCUUGGGAUUUACUAUUGUUGGUGGAAAGGACAGUCCUAAAGGAAGCAUCGGCAUCUUUAUAAAAUCGGUCCUACCAAGUGGUCAGGCCGCUGAAGAUGGUCGUUUGCGUGCAGGUGACGAGAUUUUAGCUGUCAACGGUCAGGUAUGUCAUGACUUGACACACCGUGAAGCCGUGCAAUUAUUUCGCCAUAUCAAAAGUGGACCGGUUGCGUUACAUUUGUGCAGACGUAUUAAAAAUCGAGAAACACAAGCAACAAAGGCCAAAUCAUGCGCAGAUCUUCUUCUCGUCGAUACGUGAGGACAACUACGUGAUAAGCUUUUUAUUUAUUUAUCGAUAAAGAAGAAUAAAGAUACACAUAUACAUAUAGAAAGAAAAAGAGAGAGAU